AUGUUUCCACCGGACGCUGCUAGAUCCACUGCCGCGCAGCUCCUCUUAGGGUUGUCUUACUUGCAUGCAAACGGCAUAUGCCACGGAGAUCUCCACUUACGCAACUUUCUCUUACGCGUACCAGACUUUGACAGCCUAAGCGUAGAUAAGCUAUACAAGCGCUUCGGUAAACCCUACGAGGUUCCUAUCCGCCGAGUGGAUGGGAAGCCUGGUGAACCACACGCACCGCCGUAUGCCAUCUAUUCCAUGGUUUUGAGCAUGCCUGCCAACGAGGUGCAUAAUCCGGAAAUCAUCAUCUCGGACUACGGAACGUCCUUUAUUGUGGCAGACACACCCACACCGACUCUCCAUACCCUAGCUCUCUACUCUCCACCAGAAGACUUUUUCGACGAACCUAUUAUCCAGCCCACCGCAGCUGAUAUAUAG